AUGGAAAAUGAAACAACAUUUCCUACUAAUGGGCACGAUGAAACGGAGGCCCAUCAGCAAAGCGAAGCAUCGCUUAGUGUUUCAGUUAGGCAGUAUGUAAAUAGUAUGUAUGAUGAGUUCAAAAGAUCAUUUGACCAAAGGCAUAUGGCUAGGAUCGACAAAAUUCUGAAGAAUAUCACUAACGUCGAUCCGAACUCAAACAUUCUCAACAUCAUUUACGGUGCAAUGGCCCUGAUUAAUGGAAAGCCCAUUGAAAGCUACAGUCACCUGUUUAAGUAUGCCCAGAACAGCUCGAGCGUAGAUCUUUGGGCAUUGAACAUAAUGGCGAUGUGGAAUCAGCUUGCAGGUGACUGCGAGCUUGCCCUGAAACAGUUUGGACGUGUCAUGGAGGGCGAGUUUGCCAAUAGGUUUCUUGUCUCUGUUAUGAUCUUUGCAGCCAAAACAAAGAAGAGGCUAGGGUUUUUAGAUAGGGCGUUGGACUAUCUCGAGAGGCUGUUGUCAACGUUUGAUGGCUUUAGAAUGUGUGCAAUCAUAAAAUUAGAAAUUAUUCAUAUUUACAUUCUCAAGAAAAAGUACGAUCUAGCCAUGGCAGAGAUAGAAGAGUACUGUGAGCAUCUUGGCAUCAACUACUUUAUAAAGAGACUCAGAGUCUACAUUCACUACUUAAGAGGCAGCCAUAAGGAGAUAUUGAAAUAUAAAAAAGACGAGGAGUUUGAUCCAUACAUUUCCUACAUUCUUGCAAGAGAAGGACUAGAAAAUCCUAAAAUAUUUAAUAUUGACAUUCCUCUUUAUCUCGAUGAAGCCAUCAAGGGCGACAAAGAAAACAAAUACAUCUACAACACAUACGGAAACUAUUACUACAGCACCCACCGGUUUUCUGAUGCUGCCGAGCAAUACAACAAUGCACUUUCGCUAGACCCGAAGUUUCAAGCCAGCAAUAGAAAACCUUGGAUUGUUCGUAAAGGCUAG